UUCAGUCAAUAUAUGAGCAGAAAGCCAAGAACACACUUGGAAGCAAACAACCAAAUAUGGCUGAUCCAGUUAAGCUCAUCGGCGCAUUUGGCAGCCCGUUCGUGCACCGAGCCGAGGUUGCCCUGCGGCUCAAGGGAGUGGCUUACGAGUUCAUCCACGAGGACCUUGACAACAAGAGCGACCUGCUUCUCGCCAAAAACCCCAUCCACAAGAAGGUCCCCGUGCUCCUCCAUGGCGACCGUGCCAUCUGCGAGUCGCUCGUCAUCGUCGAGUACGCGGACGAGGUGUUCGACGGCCGUCCCAUCCUACCCACCGACCCCUACGACCGCGCCAUGGCCCGUUUCUGGGCUCACUUCAUCGAACACAAGUGCUCGAGGUCAUCGUGGCUGGCAUUGUGGUUGGACGGCGAGGAGCAGGAGGGGCUUCUGAAGGAGACGAAGGAGAACCUGGCGCUUCUGGAGGCGCAGCUCCAUGGGAAGAGGUUCUUUGCCGGUGACUCGGUCGGCUACCUCGACAUUGUUGCCAGUGGACUGGCUCACUGGAUCAGCGUGGUUGAGGAGGUGACCGGAGUGAGCUUGAUGGGCGGCGCCGACGAGGAUGACGAGUAUCCUGCUCUACGCCGUUGGGCCAAGGAGUACACCACGGAUGAGACCGUGAUGCAGUGCCUGCCGAGCAGAGAGCACCUCGCUGCCUUCUUCGCUGCGAAGAAGGACAAGCUGAAGAUGGUGGCUAAGGCGAUGCUGCAUCAGUGAUUGUGAGUGUUGUGGGGGCCGACAGUGGGAGUGUAUGUCUCAGGUGAUGGUGCUUCUUAAAUAAAAUCGAAUCAGAACAUAAUUAAACGAUUAUAAAGCCGAAAGUUCUACACGUACAUCAGAUUGUUCGUUUGUCACUCACUCGGCUCAUUUUUA